AUGGCCCGUGAGCGAGCGGUGCAAGGGAGCCCUUGAACAAAUUGAAAUAGCAGCACCAUUAAUAGUAGGGUAUUUCGUGGAGACGUUCACAGUUUUAAUCACAUGUUAAAGUAUCUUGUUUCGAAUAAUCUGCGUCACAAUUAAUACUUUUGAGAAGAAAGAAGAACUGGCGUACUUGGAUUCUUUCCCCUCUUCAGUCGUAUGUACCAUUAAAGGCUUUUUUUGUUUCCUCUUUUUCGGAAGAAGUCCUGCACAAAUUGACACGCUGUGCACCUGAAUGGGAUUAACUGUAUGUUGGUAAAAACGUCACUGGAACCAAAGGUUGUGUAACCUUUUUAUUUGGUGCAUAAAUAAGAACGAUCUCGACUAAAACCAGCCUAAUGAGCACCAAGAGUUAAUGUGGAAAUACUUUGAGUCACAACAUGGCUGCUACUGAAGGAAAACUGGGGAAAGUUUAGCUCCCGACUUCACCCAAGUUCUUCUUAAAUCUCCCUAGAAAGGGAUCAACACGAGAAGUGGUAAACGCCUCAGCCGCUCACAGUGGACCGAACAGCUCAGUUGAUUAUCUCCACAAAGGGUGUGCAAGGAGACGGCUUGCUUUCAAAAUAACCGUCUGGCUGUCGAUCGCUCCCCUGGACCCUCGGUACAAGAUUUGUGUGCCUUUCUCCUGCGAGCUUUUGUUUGUGAGGACUUACAGACAUAUAUUUGGAUGGUAAAAUGCAUUUUUCCAUUCCCGAGACGGAAGUUCGUUCAGGUGAAAACGGAUCAACAUACGUGGCCUACAACAUCCACGUCAAUGGAGUUCUGCACUGCCGGGUCCGGUACAGCCAGCUGCUGGGGCUUCAUGAGCAGAUAAAGAGGGAGUACGGGAGCAGUGUGGUCCCGACCUUCCCCCCGAAGAAGAUCUUCACCCUCACCCCCUCCGAGCUGGAGCAGCGCCGGGAACAGCUGGAGAAGUACAUGCAGGCAGUGCGACAGGACCCCCUCCUUGGAGCCAGCGAGUUGUUCAACAGCUUUCUGCGCAAAGCUCAGCAGGAGACUCAACAGAUCCCAACAGAAGAAGCUGAGCUGGAUAUCUACCUGUCCAAUGGUCAAAAAGUCAGGAUCAGCAUUCUCACUUCAGAUCAGACAGAGGACGUCUUAGAGGCUGUGGCCACAAAGUUGGAUCUUCCUGACGAGUUGGUCGGGUACUUCAGCCUGUUUCUCAUUCGGGAAGGAGCAGAUGGUGGCUGCAGCUUUGUACGGAAGCUACAGGAGUUUGAGCUACCGUACGUCUCGGUGACCAGUCUGAGGAAUCCAGAGUUCCACAUCGUCCUGCGCAAGAGCUACUGGGACUCUGCGUACGACAGUGAUGUCAUGGACAACAGAGUGGGACUCAACUUGCUGUAUGCCCAGACUGUGUCUGAUAUCGAGCGCGGCUGGAUCCUGGUGAAUAAGGAGCAGCACCGGCAGCUCAAGUCUCUCCAGGAGAAAGGCUCAAAGAAAGAGUUCAUCCGCCUGGCUCAGACCCUGAAGUACUUUGGCUACAUUAAGUUUGAUCCCAGCAUCACGGACUUCCCGGAGAAGGGGUGUCACGUGAUCGUCAGCGCCGGGAACAACGAGCUCAACUUCCACGUGCGGCUUCCCAACGAGCACGUGAAGGAGGGCAGCUUCAAGGUCACGCGCAUGAGGUGCUGGCGUGUCACCUCGUCUCAAGUCCCAGUGGCCAAUGGGACGGCGGCACCCUCCUGUGGGGGGAAGUGUGAGGUGAAGCUGGAGCUGGCCUUCGAGUACCUGAUGAGCAAGGACCGCCUGCAGUGGGUCACCAUCACCAGCCCUCAGGCCAUCAUGAUGAGCAUCUGUCUGCAGUCCAUGGUGGACGAGCUGAUGGUGAAGAAGUCUGGAGGCAGCAUCAAAAAGAUGCUGAAGAAGCGGCACAAUGGGUCUCUUCAUCGGUCCGACAGUCAGCACGCUGUGAAGUCCCCCCCCAUCCUGGAUUCCCCGGAUACAAACCGGGAGCAGAUGGUCAAGCUCUCGACCAAGCUCACCUCUGUCACUCUGCGUGGGAUCAGCACUUCAAACUCCAGUAAUGACAUCAGUGGUAACAAUUUCCAUGGCAACUAUGCCUUUGAGGGGAUUGGAGACGAUGACCUGUAAACCCCGCCCUCUUACGGACAGCCAAUCAGGAGGCUCAAACUGACCUGAGAAAUUCUGCAAGAUCACAGCCCACCUGCGCUAGACCACACAGUUACACGGUGUAGUCACAUACAAGUACGAACAAGCACACGCGCACACACACACACACACACAGAAAAGCGAAAGUGGCCAGUUGAUUGUACUAAACUUGUGGAAACUUGGCCAGCUGAUUGACGUGAAUUCCCUCUUACACGCAGUAUUUAUUUGUGCUCUAUCUCAGACGUGCAGGCCUGUGAGUGUCGCUGUAUCGCCCGGUUCCCAGGUUUGGCUGAGGGCCGUAACGCGAUGCCUUUGUUUUGAAUGUGUCACGGUGUCUGCUGCUGUGUGGCCUGGAUUAACCACAGCUCAUUCUCAGGCUCUUUCGCCGUCCUGCUGUCUGACCUGCUGGUUUUCAGCGCUGCAGCAAAAGAUCGAACACGCAAACGCGCGCACGUCUCGCAGGGCCGGGAUCGCUUACGACACGCAACAUUUCAACAUGUACAGGUGAAUCUCCCUGAUUCCAGCAGUCAGUCAUUCCGUUUACAAACUCGAGGUACAACCCUGUGAUGAAAUAUGAGGAGGACUUCGGUCCUAUCAAAGCGCAGUGCUUAAAGGACACAACGCAAACACUGUUGCUGAUGCGUUGCCAGUGCAUUGCUUUACCAACGCUUAUGACGCAUUUAAUUACUGAUACAUUACCAGCGGCUUUACAUAACUGAUCUAUUACUGCUACAACACCAGCACAUAACCUUACUGUUCAGAGCAGGGGCGUGUCCGGGGUAGUGGAGGUAGUGUUAGAACAGCGGACUGCAGUGUUGACUGUGGAGCGUCACAGUGUGGAAUGUAAGUGUUAAUUUAUUCAGUUGACUUCUGUCUCCCAUGUUCAUUGUGCCAAAUCUUGCUGGGGGGGAGGUGGGGGGGCUCUCCAGUGGGAAUCCUCUUUUUUUAAUGGGGUGAAGUGGUCAGCUCUGUGGACUGUGGAGUGUUCUGCAUUGGGCUCUAUGUUGAGUUGAGAGUGUAGUGUGCACUACAGUAUGUUGUGUUGAGUGUAGUGUGCACUACAGUAUGUUGUGUUGAGUGUAGUGUGCACUACAGUAUGUUGUGUUGAGUGUAGUGGGCACGACAUUAUAUUGAGAGUCUAGUGGGCACUAUUUGAGUUGAGACUAUAGUGUGCACUAUGUUGUGUUGAGAGUCUAGUGGGCACUAUUUGAGUUGAGACUGUAGUGUGCACUAUGUUGUGUUGAGAGUCUAGUGGGCACUAUGUUGAGUUGAGACUAUAGUGCACACUAUGCUGAGAAUAGUGGUGUGCACUUUGUUUUUUCGAGAGGGUAGUGAAUGAAUAGUUGGUGGUUUUUGAGCUCUGGUAAAUGUUCAGUUUAGGGCGCUGUCAGUGAAGGUCUUCUCUCUAAACUGCCUUACAGCCUGAGGCCUUAUGCAGCUGUGUGGGUCUCCGCUCCUGAUUGGCCUGCAUUUCAGCCUUUCAGCAUUUCAGCUUGGGGGCUCAGAUCUUGCAGAAUUCGUUGGUCUGAUUGGAUAGUUCUAAUGAACCGCUUGCAUUUUGCACAGUAUCAAGAAGGGUGUAAUUGGAUCAAAAUAUUUAUAAAAAGCAUUUUCUAAAGAGUACAAAAUUGAACACUAAAAAAAAAGACUACAUGGAGCAUUUACAAUUUUCAGUCAUCAACAUUGAAUAAUUCUUUUCCAACAAAUGUUUUUUAAAGUUUUCUCAUAAAAGCCAAAAUUAUAGUUUACUAAAGCAUUUUGCACAAAAAGGAGCAUAUAAAUCAUGGUAAUGUCACUUUUAUAUAUGUAUGUUGAAAUAAAAGGUAUUCCGAAUGAUGUUACUAAUAUCCGUAUCUCUAAAUGUAUUGUAAUCAAAUAGAUCAAAUAUAAUCUAAGAUGUAUAAAAAUAAACUAAUAUCUAUCAUUGUUUACAGAAUUUUAGAGAAAUUUAGUUAAAAAUGUUUACAGAAUUAUUGAUCUGAAUUUAAACUGCUUGUCUUACUUAGUUACAGUUUAUUUUUAAAAAGCUGAUAUAAGUGAUUCCAUCUCAUUUUCUCAUAUGUCAUAAACAUGUAGCAAUUGUGAGAAUUGUGAUGAAAAUGGCCAAAUUAUAACUUUAUUUCCAUGUUUCUCACUGUUGUGAUUUAUGGAUUUUUUGUCAAACAUCACUUUCUCUCAUUCCUGGCGCUGGCAAUUCCUGUCUGUGCUAACGGACAUUUUCUCUCAGAUGUGUAGUACUGAUGUUGGCCUAUAGGGGGUUUGUCCCUUUGCGGUGGUCGACUUGUGUUAAAAUGUAUUAAGUUAAUGACAAGGUCGACUUGAAUGUGUUCUCAAAAAGUGUCUGGAAAGAAGAGGGCUUAUGGAUCAAAUCAUUAAAAAAAAGGAGCAAAUGUCACGAUUUUUUUCAAUACUGUAUUAACCGUUAGAACAAAAAAUAAAUGAGAAUUGCAAAGGUCCUGAAUUUCAAAUAAAUUUGGGUGCCAAAUAAA